UUUACCGUCUUCAUAAAACCCUCCUACUACCCAGAAGAUCCUCCCUCCCCAUAACCAAAUCAAAUAAAUCCAUGAUGCCGGAAUCCACCCUCCGCCGUGUGCUCUUCCAAUCGGCAUUGUUAUUCUCCACUCGCUGCUCGACAAGGACUUCUAUCUCAACCGCCCACGUAAUCCGGUCUCGCUGCAUCACCACGACGACGACGUCCAACACCACCACCCGUGUCCACUCCUCACUCAAAGACCAAAACUGUAGAGACAAUGUUAAAAAGAAAGGUAAAUGGUUCACUUUGCCUCCUUAUACUUGCACAAUUAGUGGCUCCGCCUUGGGAAAAGCGCUAUCGGCAAAAAUUACAGCGAAAGCAGCCACUGAAACGACGGCGCUCAAGUGGGUACUUCGUUGCUGCCCGGAGCUCCCAAGAAGCCUCGUGCAGAAACUAUUUCGCCUAAGACAGGUUAGAAGAGAGUCCUCUAAUCCAGGUGAUCAAACAGAGGAACAAAGACUUAAAAGGGUGGCAGCUAAGGACUUGCUGGAUGUAGGAGAUAGAAUCUUUCUUCCUAUCACGGUUCAAGCAUUGCCCUCUGAAAAACAGCAGUGUUCUUACAAUGAGGAAGAAAUAAACUUUAUUCGUAGCCUUUUGUUGUAUAAGGAUGAUGACAUUAUCGUUGUAAAUAAACCUCCUGGAAUGCCUGUUCAGGGAGGCAUUGGCAUCAAAAGAAGUUUAGAUGAGCUGGCUGCUCAUUGUUUAUGUUAUGACUAUCCUGAAUCCCCUAGGCUGGUUCAUAGACUUGACAGAGAUAGUAGUGGCAUCUUGGUCAUGGGAAGAACACAAACAAGUACAACUGUUCUGCACUCUAUCUUCAGAGAGAAAACUUUUGCAGCAUCAAAUGAUGAUAUUGGUGACAGAAGGAGAAUCUUGCAAAAAAAGUAUUGGGCACUUGUCAUUGGCUCUCCAAGACGUCAAAAGGGGCUAAUUUCGGCACCACUGGGAAAGGUGGUGGUGGACAAUGGAAAAUCUGAUCGAAUAACUGUGGUUGACAAUGCACAUAACACAUCUUCCCAGCAUGCAGUAACACAGUACAGAGUAAUUGAAUCAUCUCUUGGUACUUCUAAUGACUCACCUCCCUCUCGUUCUGUCAUCACCUACUUCGGUCAUGCCUUCAACAACAGCAGCUACUCCUUUUGUUCUUCGAAAAGGUAUUCGCUCUUCCCGAAAUCCUUAUCCAAUUUAUAAUUUUGUGAGUUAUCAUCGUUUGUCUCCUUCCUAUUAUACUUUUGUCUCUGCUGUGUCUGCUGUCUUCAUACCCAAGACAGUUAGAGAAGCAUUGGAUCAUCCUGGUUGGUGUAAUGCCAUGGUUGAGGAAAUGACUGCUCUGCAUAACAAUGGAACUAGGGAAUUGGUCUCCUUAUCACCUGGUAAGUUUACUGUUGGUUGUCGAUGGGUUUACACAGUUAAGGUGGGACUUGAUGGCAAAAUUGAUCGCCUUAAAGCUCGCUUUGUAGCUAAAGGUUACACAGAUUUUUGGGCUUGAUUACGGUGAUACUUUCUCUCCCGUAGCCAAAAUAGCUUCCGUUCGCUUCCUUAUCUCAUUGGCUGCAAUUAAUCACCGGACCCUGCAUCAACUGGACAUUAAAAAUGUCUUUCUUCAUAGAGAGCUCGCUGAAGAAGUUUAUAUGGAGCAACCUCCAGGGUUUGUUGCUCAGGGGGAGUCAGGCUUAGUAUGUCGUCUUCGGCGCUCUUUGUAUGGGCUAAAACAGUCUCCAAGAGCAUGGUUUGGACGAUUUAGCACUUUAGUUCAACAGUUUAAAAUGUCUCGAAGUAAUUCUGAUCAUUCCGUAUUUUUUCGCUAUAAUGGUGAUAGAUGCAUCUACUUUGUGGUCUAUGUUGAUGAUAUUGUCAUUACAGGAAAUGAUCAUGAUGGAAUCUCUCAGCUUAAGCAACAUUGUUUAGUCAUACUAAAGAUUUGGGAAAACUGAUAUAUUCCUUGGGAAUUGAAGUGGCACAGUCUAAAACAAGUAUUGCAAUUUCUCAUCGGAAAUAUACUUUGGAUAUAUUAGAAGAAACAGGCGUGUUAGACUGUAGACAUGUGGACACUCUCAUGGAUCCAAAUGUUAAGCUUGUUACUGAACAGGGGGAGCCACUUAAAGAUCCUGCUAGAUACAUAAGACUAGUCGGCAAGCUCAAUUAUCUCACUAUCACACAACCAGAUAUUUUCUUUGUUGUAAGUGUGGUUAGUCAAUUUCUUCAAAUUCCAUACAGUAGUCACUGGGAUGCAGUCAUUCGCAUUUUUAGAUAUAUCAAAGGAGCUUCAGGACAAGGUCUACUCUACGAGGACAAGGGUCACUCACAAAUUGUUGGCUAUUUUGAUGCAGAUUGGGCAGGUUUCCCUUCAGAUAGACGAUCUACUUCAGGAUAUUGUAUUAUGAUUGGAGGGAAUCUCAUAUCCUAGAAAAGUAAAAAACAGAGUGUGAUUGCAAGAUCAAGUGCGUGUGAUUGCAAGAUCAAGUGCAGAAGCAGAAUAUCGAGCUAUAGCUUUAGCAACAUGCGAACUCAUCUAGUUGAAGCAACUCUUUCAGGAAUUGAAAUAUAGCGAUACUGGCCAAAUGAAGUUGAUAUGUGAUAAUCAAGUUAUCCUCCAUAUUGCAUCAAAUCCAGUUUUUCAUGAGAGGACGAAGCAUAUAGAGGUAGAUUGCCAUUUUAUUAGGCAAAAGAUUGAGUUCGGAUGCAUUUCUACUAGUUGUGUCAACUCAAAUUAUCAGCUAGUUGAUAUUUUCACAAAAUCACUUCGAGGACUACGAAUCGAGUAUAUUUGUAACAAACUUGGAGCAUAUGAUAUGUACGCUCCAGCUUGAGGGGAAGUGUUGAGAUUAUUUCUGUAAAUCGCCUAGAUUUGUAUUGAUAAUUAGGGAUAUGAUUGUGUAAUAUGAUUGGGGUAUGAUUAGGCUAUAAUUAGGGAAUUAAUUUAUUUUCUUACCUAGUAUGUACUCUUAUAAGUUGUAUAUAAACCACAAUUAGCUUGAGGGGAAUAAUCAAGUAUUUACUUUCAAAUUUUCUGCUCCCUUUUUCUUCUUUUCAUCGAAGUUUCAAUUCCAAAUAUGAGAAUUGGCCAAAAGAAAUCAGUUGAAUGAAAUUCUUGCAUAUUGCUUAAUUCCAAACUUAGGGAAUGAGUUUUAGCCUAGAGGUAAAACAGGGAAAACAGUAGGAAACUUAUUUGUUGCAACUACCCAGUCGUCUCAACUCCUUGCAGGAUUGUUUUCUGUUAUCUUAAAGGCAGAGUGAGGUAAAAUGAUUGUCGAAUAAAACAUGUUCACAAAUUACCACUACCCUUUUGUCUAAAAUUUCGAAGGCAUCUUAGAAAGAUAUUUCAGUAUGCUAUAUGUUUUUCCAAGCUUUAAAUCUUUUUAUCCAUUUCAUUCUUCUACGCUAAUGGAUGCUUAAUCCCCUCCUUCCAAUCAGAGAACACCUGUGUUGGUUUGAUUAAUUUACUGGAUACAGGUUAAACUUAUAUAAAUGCACUGUAGCACACACAUAACCAAUGUCAUGGGUUUGUGGAAAAAAUGCAUAUCAUUUUGACAAGCCGGAAAUUAAAUAACGUGCACUUUUUUGGGUGUGUUAAGCUAUGAAUAUAUAGCUGAGAGUUGAGACUUUUUGCAAUGACAUUUCCUUAUGACAGUUGAAUGGUGCAUUUUGGUAGCAAUAUGUUCAGUUCUUUUCCCAUGUCCGCUCCAUCUGUUCUAUCCAUAAAAAUUUUGUAAGGGAAAAAAACCAGGUCAAUAAAUGUUCAGUUUAUCUAUGAUGAGAGCAUAAUUCCUUUAUGUACUAAUUGACUAUGUAUAUUUCCAUACAUACCAAAAAAAUUAAUCAGAAUCUUUGUCAUUAUCGUAUUUUUUAGACAAAUAUUAGCUAGUCACUUGCAAUGGUGAAUUGAUCCAGUUUAAGUGAACUAGUUAAGUGCUAUAUGCUUGUGUUCAAAGCCUUCAAUGAAAGAAUAGAUUUUUAGUAGGCCAUAGAAAAUGCAUUUGGUAUGUGUAACAUUGUUAUAUUUGGUUACAGCUGACUGUUUGAACUAUUUGUAAUUCUUUUGCCAAAGGAAGAGGGUUGUUUUAUACUCUAGUUUUUGUCUUGUAACCUUAU